AUGGGAAAGACUAUCAACCAGCCGGAGGAAGUCACUAGUUAUUUGUCACAAUUAUUAAAUGGCAAGAGAGUUAUUGAUCAUAAAAUUAAAGAGAUUCCCAAUCCUGAAAACACCAUCAGUUGCACAGCUUGUGGCAAGGAACGUUAUGAAUCUCAUGCAUUUCUACGAAUUGAGAUAUGUCUCAACCGGAGAGGCUAA